UUUCAUAUUCCUGAAAUGAUUCGAUUUUUCUUUAGUUUUCUUUUCAUUCAUUCUUGUACUCCGCUUUUGGGCGAUGAUGUCACAAAAUUUCAUUUUACUGGAACACUGAGCUGUAUAUCUAAUAGUGGAUCUUCAAUUCCAUUUGUAGUUUGGAGACUUGGAGUAUGGGAAGAAGAUGGAUUGAUUGAUGAUCAUUUAGGAGAUACUUUUCUGUUCUUUCUGUCAGAAGCAGGAGCAUUCUACAAAAUUGACGUUCAGGAUGAUGGAGAUGGACCAAAUGAAAAUUUCUACAGAAUAUACUAUAAAAUCGAACAUAAUUGCACGUAUUCAGGAAAAGUAAAAGAUUCAAAAGUUUUUGUGACGAUUUUUUGGAAUUUCCCAGGGUAUAAAGGUUUUUUUGUUUUCCAUAGUGUAAAAUUUCAGAGAUACUUUUUACAAAAAGGAUAUAAAUUUAUUAACAACUCACGAAUGAGGUGUUGUUAUUUUUACAAUGAAAUAUUAAUAUAUUGGUUUUUAAUUUAA